GCCAGCGGUCAGUUAGCGCCCCGCAGCCGAACGACCAGUCGCGGGUCAGACAUGGCCAGCGCAUAGUUUGCCGCCAUGAUUGACGAUAUCCCAGAGACCGGCGCCGUCUUCACGUUCGGCAAAUCACACUUCGCCGACAAUGAACCCAGUCACUUCUUUAUCAAAAACGACCCAAUCGUAGCGAUAUCUUGUGGCGACGAGCACAGUGCCGUUAUAUGCCAGAACGGUCGUGUGUUCGUGUUUGGCGCAAACGCCUGGGGCCAACUCGGACUGGGAAAUAAGGAGGAAGUAACAAGACCAAGUUGUGUAAAAUGGCUGAAACCACACCGCACCAUGUUUGUAGCGUGUGGGCGGGCGCACACUGUUUUUGUUACCGACACAAAUGCCAUCUACGCUGUUGGCUGCAACGAGGAAGGCCAGCUUGGUACGGGCGACGUCGAGUCCCACUCGGUACCGCAGUACGUGGAGCUGGAAGCCGACCAGCCAAUACGGCAGGUCUCCGCCGGCAGUAACCAUACUGCUGUUCUUACUGAUGAUGGACGGGUGUUCAUGUGUGGAUCGAACACUGAAGGUCAACUCGGACUAGGUGAGGACGCCAGGUCCUGCGUUAAACUCACAGAGCUCAAGUUCAUGGAGAAGAUCGCGUUUGUCGAGUGCGGUUACUAUCACACCGUAUUUAUUACUGCAAAAGGAGCCGUUUUCGUAACAGGGGAUAAUGAGAACCAAAAGCUUGGGCUACCAAAUACAGCAAACACAAUAUACGUACCUCAAGUUCUACCUAUAUCAGUACAAAUAAAGAGUGCAUGUUGUGGCGCAAACCAUACAUUUCUUUUGUCUAUGGACGAAAGCAAAAUAUUAGCUUUCGGUUCCAAUGAAAAAGGACAAUUGGGCAUGCCGAAUACAAUUGAAAUAGUGAAGGAGCCAACGGAAAUUAAUAUGGAUAAAAUGUUCGACGGCUAUCAACUGAAAUUGGUUGCCUGUGGGGCUAUGCACACUGCUUUUGUUACUGACAAUGGAUUGCUUUACACCUGUGGCGAGUCAAGGCACGAUAAACUGUGCUUGGACGAAAUCGACGCCGAUAACUCGACCGACUUACCAAAUCAAUAUUCACCUAAGCGGGUCACCGCCAUGAAUGGUUUCAUUGUAGACAAUGUGGCUUGCGGCGGCUGCCACACUUUACUCACCGCUACUAAAGGUUCCAACGCAGACUUCACUAAUAACGAUUUCAUAGUCAACCAAGACAAUAGACAAAUAUCUAUUACGGAGCUACCUCCCCUACAAAAAGUACCGAUCAUGAACAAAGAAGAUCCCCCAGUGGAUACAACGAAACCUUUAGAUAAUGAACUUGUAAUUGAAAACUCUAAUAAUGCAAACGAAGAAAGCAGAUCGAUCGAUUCAUUGGAAGCCAAUGUAAGCGGAUCUCAUAUUGUACAUAUCAACGAUCUUGAAACAGACACUGCAAGCACUGAUAAUAUACCUGAUCUAAACAAUGACACCAGUAUAAUAAAUGAAAAUAUUCCAAAAAUGGAUAUAUCAAUGUCUAUUGAAAAAGGAAUGUCAGAAAUAUCAGAAAAAAUUGAACAAGCAAAAGAGAAAGUCUCAGAGGAUAUAAAGGAAAUAGAAAACAAAGCCGAAGACAAUAUACAAGAAAUUGUACAUACAGUUAAAGAAGAAGCGAACGAUAAAAUAGAAGUCGUCGAGGACAUUCUAAAAAAAUCUGUGGCAAAAAUCGACCCAGGGCUACAUUGCGAUGAAAAAAUAUCAUUAGGAAUUCCAAAAAAAUUAUCAGAGAUUAACAAUUCACCACCUCCAAAGAGUCCCUUAAUUCAAGACCUUUUACACAUACCUGAUAUAUCCCACAUGAGUCCAAAUUUAAGCAAACACAGCGAUGAUGGUCAACGAAGUGACGGAGGACAAUCAGAAAAUGAAACUAUACCAUGUGGUUCUGAUAAAUCGAGUCCACAAGCUGGAAAAACAAAAACACAAGCAGUAUUACCAAUUGUAAGAAGUGAAGAUCAUAUUGAUCAAGACCCAACUAAUUGUGAAGAUUCAGAGGUGGUUGUUAAUAAACUGGAGGAGAAAGGUCGAUUUGCGCGCAUUUUUCAAUCUAUACGAGAUAAAGAAAACUCAUGCAUGGGUAAGGGGAAGGUAAUAGAAGAAAAGGUUACAGAAAACAUUCAUAAAGGCAUUGAAACUGCGGAAGAAAAGGUCCACAAAAUUGAAGAGACCGUAGAAACAGAAAUCAGAAACCAAACAAACUCAAGAACCUGCACCAUUUUAUAAAAUUCUAACGUUAUUUAAUAAUUUAAUAUCUUAGAUGUUUACUGAAUUAAUAAAUUUUUAUGAUUUCUAUCGUUAAA